GGGCACUGGAUACGCGCAGACUAAUGUUAAUUUGGAAGGCAAGCACGAACGGCCCGCCUUACAGGCGUAAAUCUUAUUAGAUAACCUCACUUUUUAAAGUCAUGGAUAAACCCCGUCCUUGCGGUUGUAAAGGUUGUAGAACGUGUCUUAUUUGCGAAAAAACGUAUGGGAUCACUAGCAAAGCCUUCAACUUUGAUAACACAAGUGGCUGUUACGUUUACUGCCCCAGGUGCAACUUAGCAUGGCCAGGCUGGUCCCCCAAAGAGCAAGUGCACCCCGACCAUCAUGGAACGCCGAUAAACUACCCUGGCGUAUACAUUCAAGAAAAUUUCUUAAGCACUGAAGAAGAGGAGGACUUGUUACAUGAGAUUGACAGUGUACCUUGGGACCUCUCGCAAAGCGGGAGACGGAAGCAGAAUUACGGACCAAAGUGUAAUUUUAGGCAGAGAAAGCUACAGUUGGGAAACUUCGAUGGCUUUCCCAAGUUUUCUCAAUUUGUGCAGGACAAAUUUAAGGAUGUUCACCUUUUGAAAGAUUUCCAGACGAUCGAGCAGUGCUCUUUGGAAUACGAUGCCGAGAGGGGUGCAGCAAUCGACCCGCAUAUUGACGACUGUUGGAUUUGGGGCGAGCGUAUAGUCACAGUUAAUUUACUUUCAGACUCCAUUCUUACUAUGACUGCCAAUAGUAAACCGGCAAAGUACAAUUUGGAUUGUGUCGCUACUUAUCCUUCCAUUGUAACUGGGAAACCGUAUAUUUUAGACAAUUCCACUUUGGAUUACUGUGUAAGAAUUCCAAUGCCUAGAAGAUCAUUACUGGUACUAUACGGGUCGCCACGAUACGAUUGGGAGCAUCAGGUUUUACGAGAGGACAUCACAACAAGACGAGUGUGCUUGGCCUACAGAGAAUUUACACCACCUUACCUUAACAACCCUAUAGGCAAACAAAUAACAGACAGGGCAACGAUAUUUAAAUAAAUGUAUUAAAAAUUUAUAGAACUUUUAUUAAAUACUAAUACAUUCAAUCCUCAUACACCCAGCAGUUACUAGCCGAAGUCCAGCUUACAAUUUCCUUCUCGUUGAACCACAAGUUAAUUUCCUUCUUGG